AUCGUCUGCUGAUCCAGAGUGUCCUUUAACAAGCGUCUGCGUGAUGUGUCAAAAUGAUCGUUUUAACAGAUGAUGAUGUAAACGGAGUUCGUCAAUAUAUUGCGGAAAUUACGCGUUUUCUAGAAACUUACACUUGGUUAACAGGAGCCUAUGUAUCGGACUUCUUCUUCAAAGACUAUUGGAGUAAACUUCCACAAGGUUGGCAGCGGUCUUUAUGCCAGAUUCAAACAGAUAGUUUAGCAGAUCUUCUAACUCAUAAACAGAUAACCUCUAGCAGUAGUAUACCACCAUUGUCUCUACUGUGUUUUCAAGCCUGUUGCCAAAAGCUCUCCCUGGAUAGACACCAAGAAAAAGAUGUUCAAGAUGCCAUAGGGAAACUUACAGAUGCUGCAUGCAGUAUCAAUCAGGGGAUUGAAUCAGAUGCUGCUACUAUGCAACCAACAGAUGUGUCAGGUCAACUCCAUGCCUACUUUCGAAAGCAUGUGAAACCAAAGAAGCAACAUGAGAUAACAAAUCUUGGCAAGGUGAUCUGGCACCUGUCUAAAGCCAGAUCGUGUGGUAGGGUGGUGGAUGUGGGGUCAGGACUGGGUCACCUCGCCAGACUGCUGGCAUUCGGACAUGGCCUUCAUGUGACCUCCAUAGAGGCCUCCGAUUCACAUGCUCCCAAGGCCAGUGAAUAUGACAGAGAAAUUGACAGAGAAAUCAAGAAGAAAAUGGAGAUGUUGGGUGACAGAGUUACUCGCCCAAAACAUGUGACCAGCAUGAUCUAUCCCAACAUGACCACUACACAGUUCCUGGCUAUCCUGGACAGUGACAACAGGCCUGAUGAUCAAAGGAAGUCAAACAUGGCAUCAGAAUCUGAUAAACAAAGGGAGGCAACUAUGGUAUCAAAAUCUGAAGCUGAUAAACAAAGGGAGGCAACCAUGGAAUCAGAAUCUGAAGCUGAUAAACAAAGGGAGACAAACAGGGUAUCAGAAUCUGAAGCUGAUAAACAAAGGGAGACAAACAUGGUAUCAGAAUCUGAAGCUGAGAAACUAAGGAAGGUAACCAUGGUAUCAGAAUCUGAGGAUUGUGACAGAGAUUUCAAUAAAGCUUCAUUGUUAGGCAAGCAGAGGGAUAAUAGUGGCACACAAAUAAGUGCUUUUUCUGACAGUGAAGAUUUUAAGCAAUUUAAAAAACAAUCCCAAUCAGAUAUUCAUGAAAAAUCCAAAGGAAUUAAUAUAAAAGACAGAAAUAAAGAAUAUUGUAAUGUAUGUGAUAGCAAGACAUAUAAAAGGCAUAGUGAGGAAUCCAUGAACUCUGAAAUUAUAAGAAAGGUCAGAAAAUCAAACAGUGAUUAUUCAAAUUUACAUGGAAACAAAAAUUCAGCAAAUAUUGUGGUUCAUAGUGACAUAUGUUCUAAUAACUCAAAGUCACAGGAACACUCGAAUCAAUCUGUUCACCAUCUAACAAACAGUAUCUAUAAUCAAUAUAGAUCCAACUUAAUUUUUGACAAUACCAGUGAAAACUAUGAUAUCAAAACACAUAUUGCAGACAAUCAAAAUAAUGCUGAUACAGACAAAGAUGCAGACAGAGAUGCUAUACAGACAGAGAUGCUGAUACAGACAGAGAUACAGACAGAGAUACAGACAAAGAUGCUAUCAGAUAUGAUAUGCAUGACAACACUUGGUCCAGCAGGCAGCGUGACACUGAGUUUAUAUACAGGUCUUCACGCCUGUGGAGACCUGACCCCAACAGUUCUCAGGUUCUUUUCAGACUGUGAUGCUGCGGUGGGGCUGGCAUCUGUUGGAUGCUGUUACAUGAAGUUGACUGAUGAUAGGUCAGUUACAGACCCUCCAGGGUUCCCGAUGAGUGAGUUUGUGUCGGGUCUGCCUCACCACCAGCAGUCAUAUGUUGCUAGGGAACUAGCCUGUCACUUUGCAGACACUUAUUAUCAGAGGCUCAAAGAGGGAAUUGUUGUUGCAGCGGACUCAUCCCACCUGAAGAUUCAUAGCUACAGGGCUGCCCUAGAGUGGCUGGCUCACCAGUUGAACCCUGCCUUCCAGAGGUCCUCGGUACAGAUACCGGCCAAGAAGACCAACACCAUGGACUUUGAAAGCUAUGCCAGACUAGGCCUGAGGAAGCUGGGCAUAUCCUGCGACCACCUCACCAAUGAGCUGCUGGCGCAGGCUGUUGCCAUGACCACCAGAUGGCGGGAGGUAGUGGCCUUCUACACGCUACGCCUUGCGCUGGCUCCGGUGGUGGAGACACUUGUCCUGCUGGACAGAAUGCUGUACUUGAAUGAGCAGGGUCUUGGAGGUGCAUUGGUGCCAAUUUUCGACCCAAAUCUGUCUCCAAGGAACUUUGUGCUGCUAUCUUGUAAACAGUUUUAAGAUUUUUGCUAAAUGUAAGGCAUGUUUACAAGACAUUUUAAAGUACCAAUACCAAUUAUAACAUAAUACUUUGUUGAUCAGGAAUUUUGUGUUUCUAUUAUAAAAUAUUGAUUAUUGUAUCUUUUUCAAUAAAAUAUAUAUAGUUGCCACAUUAAACAUUUUAAUUGUACAGUAUUGAAAAAAUAUGGAAACAAUAAUCCUAAAAUACUG